AUGGCUUCUGCUGCUGCUGCGCAGACGCAUACUAUUGCCGUCGGAGCGUCUGGGUUUGCAUUCUCACCUGCAAAGACGGAAGCCAAUGUCGGCGAUACCAUCGAAUGGAUCUUCUAUCCCGAUGCUCACUCGGUUAUUCGCGCCGAGUUUGGAUUUCCUUGCACGCCAUACGAGUACAUUGACAUUGGCCGCGAGGGGUUCUACAGCGGAAACCAGUCGGUCAAGGCCAUCACGAACGAUAACUCAACCCAGUCCCUCGACAAACAGCUUGAAGCGGCCCUCCCAUUGACCACCCAGAUUCUUCCUGGCGAACCCUUCCCAACUGAAUCAGAUGCACCAAAGGCAACCAGCGGCGGCUCCAACAACGGGGCCGUUAUUAACAACUACCAUCACAGUGUGAGCGGCGGCCAAAUCGCCGGUAUCGUGAUUGGCUCACUAGCUUUUCUUCUCCUGGGAGGCCUAUUGGUAUACCUGUGUGGGCGACGAGGCGGUAUCAACCGCGCCUACAAGAGAACCCCAACCGCGUACCAGGCACAUCCCCCGCCGCCAUCUCAACCCGCCGUCACGGAGCUCAACUACUCGAUGCAGCCCAAGAGCCCAUCGACUCAAGGAUGGAGAAACAGUCACUACAGCAACUUCAGCGGUCCCUACCGUGACCACGCCACUCCCACAGCCCAGUUCUCCCCUCAACUAAGCCCCCAGCCUACGGGAUUCUCACAUCCCGUCAACGGCUUGCAGACCUACUACGACCACCGGAUCUCGUCCAUAGCUCCUAGCGUCGUUGUCGAAGCCCCGGACAACCAGGCGACAACUCCUGCUGCGACCCAUGCAGCACCCGCCGCUGCGCCAGUCGAGUUACCAACGGCGACAGACUCGGGUAAUUCUCCACCACCCAAAUACAUGCCACGUUUCUCAUUCGCAGGGCAGGAAAGUGAAUACCGACCAUCGACAAAGGAGUGA